AUGUCGUGCAAUAUGAAUUUGCACCCAACACUCCGCACGACAAAAGGCCCACAAGAGGUCGGAGGAAAACUUACCACAUCUGUCAGAGUGCAGACGCAGGACUGGAAGGUCCUUCUCGAACCGCUCGCGGAGCUGGACACGAACAGCGCGGAUCCAAGGGAUCAUAACAUCAGGGACCUCCCCCUUGCGCCGCAAGGGGAAGACCGUGGUGUAGCGCGAGUAGUCGUCGACAACCAGCAGAAAGUACCGCCCGUGGCCCUGUCCACGGACGCGGGCUGGGCCCCACACGUCCAGGUGGAGAGUCUGCAGGGAAGCCUCUGUCGGGGGGAACGAGGAGGAGUGAGGAACGGCGUGCUGCCGCCCCCUCGACACAAGGAAGGGUGGGAGGGGCAGGCGAGGGUUGGAGGGGGGGCAGAGACCUGGGAAGAGCAGAGACAAGGAGACUGGAGUGCAUGCCACGGAGGCGUGCCACAGAGGGGUGACCAAGGUGGUGGUGCCAAAGGAGCGUUUGAUCGCCACACGCUGCCGUCCAGGGGUGAAGGUGUCAACCCCCGCAUCCUGGAGGACAGCAGUGCUCACCAAGCUCGUAGAGAACGAGGGGAGGUGGAGACCUGA